ACAUUUGGUCCUGAUUUGCGUGCGCUUCGCAUCCACUGCUUUCCCGGAUCUGCCAAGCUGCUGGGGGACGUCGAGGGGUCUCUUGAUAUCUUAGUGGCGGGGGCGGUUCUUAGGCUGCGGCACUCGAGCGUUCGGGGGCUCUGUGUGUGCGCGCGCGCGCGUGGGUAGCUGUCCAGCCGGCUGUUAAGGUCCCCCGCCCCCCGCUCCUCUGUUCGCUCAGCCCCCUCACCGCAGCGAAGCGGAGAGCCGCGCGCGCAGCCAACUCGGCGAGGGAUGGAGCAGACCGAGGUGCUCAAGCCGCGGUCCCUGGCCGAUCUGAUCCGCAUCUUGCACCAGCUCUUCGCCGGCGAGGAGGUCAACGUGGAGGAGGUGCAGGCCGUCAUGGAAGCCUACGAGAGCGACCCCGCCGAGUGGGCAGCCUACGCCAAGUUCGACCAGUACAGGUAUACUCGAAAUCUUGUGGAUGAAGGAAAUGGAAAAUUUAAUCUCAUGAUUCUCUGCUGGGGUGAAGGACAUGGCAGCAGUAUCCAUGAUCACACUGACUCGCACUGCUUUCUGAAGAUGCUACAGGGAAACCUAAAGGAGACAUUAUUUGCCUGGCCUGACAAAAAAUCCAACGAGAUGGUCAAGAAGUCGGAAAGAAUCUUGAGAGAAAACCAGUGUGCCUACAUCAACGAUUCCAUCGGCCUACACCGAGUAGAGAAUAUCAGCCACACAGAGCCUGCCGUCAGCCUUCACUUGUACAGCCCGCCUUUUGAUACGUGCCACGCCUUUGAUCAAAGAACAGGACACAAAAACAAAGUCACCAUGACAUUCCACAGCAAAUUUGGAGUCCGGACUCCAUUUACAGCUUCAGGAUCCCUGGAAAACAACUAGGAAGCACCAGAUCCUCUAAGGGUUUACUCUAAGAUCUGCUACAAGUUUUGCCUUGGACAGGGAGGCCUCCACCGUCUGCUGUCCAACAGUACACUUUACAAAGUCAAUACCUAGAUCUUCUGCGAAGCAGACGCUAAUUGUAAGGCAUUGAGCAAGCAGAUAGUGCUCUGAGCUACUGCAGAAGAAAAAUCCCAUUGAAGGAAAACUAAGCAUCAUAAUUGUAAGGGCCCAAUCAGGUGCUCUCUUAGUUUUAUCCUCUAAAUUCGGGGGAAGCAUAGUGGGAAUGUCAAUGAAGGUUUUUACAGCUUUUGGAAAUGCUUUGGUAAUUUGCAAUAAAUAAAAACAAGAAACCACAGACAUCAAAUGCUCGCCUUGCUACUUGGAGGAGUAUAUGUAGAUGCCUUUAGUAUCCUUUGUAUGUUCUUAAUAUUUGCAGAGAAUUUUUUGGAUCUAUGGAUUUUAUAUUUGCAGUCUUACUUUACAAAUUCCUAUCCUCUACGUAGGAAGAUAUUCUAGGCAGAGAAACGUAAGGCACUUUGCCGUUUGGUGAUAAAAGGAAGAGCAAAAGGUCUAUAAAAGUAACAUGCUCCCAAAGCACACGAGACCAAAACCACACAUCUAAAAACUCACGUCUGAACAUGCGCAGCGGUCAUGGUCAAAGACUUUGUACUGCUACUGAAAUCACCAAAUAAUUUUAAUAAAACUGGAUUUGGAUACAA